GUUAAUUAAUUUAUGGUUAGUUAGUGAAAAAUAUAUAAUAUGUGUUUAGUGGACUAUAGAGAUAUUAAGAAGCAUUGUAGUGAUGACACGUGUUAUCACUCAAAUAAGUUGUAAUAUUUUUUUUUAAUAUAUUUGAGAUAUGUAUCUCAUUUUAGAAAAUCCUAUUAAUUACCAGAGAUUCUUUCUAGGCUUAAAUUUGUAUUCGUCCACUUAUUGGCUUGUUGUGGUUUAGAUACUAAACUAGACACGAUUAGUCCAUCUUCGUAUAUAUCCAAGCGUAUUCCAGUCUGGCUUGUGUAAACAAUAUAAAUCGUUUUCCACGAUUAAUAUUUUUAAAAACUUUUGCAUCGUUAUAAAGAUACCCCUGAUAUGGGUUUGGUAAACUCAGACGACAAAUAUGAGUCAACGCUGUGAUCUCUCUGUUCUGGAAGAGCUAACGUCAAAUGCGAAGCAAAUACAAGAUGAUGUAUUGACCAAGAUACUUAAAUCUAGCGCAAACACUGAGUACCUCAGCCGUUUUCUCGAGGGGAGCUCCGAAAAAGAGCUGUUCAAGAAGAACGUACCGGUGGUGAGCUAUGAAGAUGUUAAGCCUUAUAUCGAUCGUAUCGCAAACGGAGAACCCUCGGAUAUCCUUUCGGGUGAACCCAUUACGGCGUUUAUCCUAAGCUCUGGAACUUCAAGUGGGAAUCAAAAGAUGUUUCCAAGGAACAAUAACUUUGAGAAUAUUAAAUUCGCCGCUGCCCUAAGCUCUCUCGUUAUCUCCAAGCAUGUACAUGGUUAUAAGCAAGGAAAGGUGAUGAUAUUUAGUUUCACUCAGCCGUUAUCCACAACUCCUUGUGGUUUGCCUCUUGCUCCCGCGACAACGAUCUUGCUGAAGAGCAAAAAUUAUAGGAGCCCGGCAAAAAAUAGUACAAGCCCGGACGAGAUCAUUCUGUGUACGGAUGCGAAACAGAGUAUGUACUGUCAACUCCUAUGUGGUCUUGUCCAGAGAGACGAGAUCGUAAGUGUUGGUGCUCCCUUCGCUUCUCUAUUAGUUCAAGUAAUCCAUUUUCUUGGAAAUUACUGGAAAGAGUUGUGCAGUAAUAUCAGGUCCGGUCAUGUCAGCGAGUGGAUCACUGACCUUAGUUGUAGAGACUCUGUCUCUAUGAUCGUUGGAGAGCCAAAUCUUGAACUGGCAGAUCUAAUCGAAAACGAAUGCGGACAAGAAUCUUGGCAAGGUAUAAUUUCAAGACUUUGGCCCAAAACCAAAUGCAUUGAAGCUAUCGUUACAGGAACUAUGGCUCAGUACAUCCCAGCACUGGAGUUCUACUCUAAUAAACUGCCUCUAGUUUCCAGAACUUAUGCAUCGUCUGAAGCAUUUUUCGGUAUAAAUGUGAAUCCUCUAAGCAAACCACAACAUGUGUCCUACACAUUCCUACCCAACAUGUCAUAUUUUGAGUUCAUAGAUGUUGAUGGCGAUGGAGAGAUUGUUGAUCUUGUGAAUGUGAAGUUAGGUGGCUACUAUGAGCCCUUGGUCACAAACUAUUCUGGUUUACACAGAUGUAGAGUGGGAGAUGUUUUACAGGUCACUGGAUUUUACAAUAACACACCUCAAUUCAGAUUCGCACGUAGAAAAAAUACGGUUCUAAGCGUCUAUGUAGAGCCAACGACCGAAGAAGAUCUUUUGAAUGCGUUGACUAGUGCAACACUCGCUCUUGAAUCUUCUGAUUUGAUUUUGACGGGUUUCACAUGCUAUGCUGAUGUCUCCACUGUACCGGGCCACUACGUUUUUUACUUGGAACUUAAAGCCAAAGUCAACAAUAGCACUGGUGAACUACCACUUGACAACAAGUUAUUGGUGGAAUGUUGUUGUGUCAUGGAGGAAUCAUUGACUAGUAUUUAUAGGCACUUUAGGGCAAAAGAUGGAUUUAUUGGAGCUCUAGAGAUAAGGGUAAGGAUUGUGCAACAAGGAACGUUUGAUUCUCUCAUGGAGUUCUUUGUCUCCCGAGGUGCUUCUAUAACUCAAUACAAGACACCUAUAUGCAUAAACUCUGUUGAGGCUUCAAGGGUUCUUGAAGACAAGGUUCUUGCUCGGUUCUUCAGCGACAAAUCCCCUACUAUCUGACCCAGAUAUGAUCUGUAUUGAUAUGAUGAUGGUCCUUUCAGAAUAAUGAAGUAACAAACUUUUUUGUCGAGGCGAAUUCUCUAUUUUGAUCACUUUGUAUGAUUGGUAAGUGCUAUACUUUCAUUUUUUGCUGUAGAAUUAUAGCUGUGAUUACUAAGUUCAAAAAAAAAAAACUUAUUUGGCGAGUGUGGUUUUUAUUUGGAGUAAUUUAUGGUUAAGUGUGUGUAACUGAUGCUUUUUAUUUCCUGUUCUUUUACAAACGUCAUUUGCAAAUCGUGUGGGCAAUAAAUAAGUGAAACAUUUAGUUUGUCAACAAAUAAAUGAUACAUAUUUAAGUGCAUGAGGUAUGAUUGGUGUAUUAUCUUCUCUUUUCUUAUACAGUUUGGUGUGUUAUCUUAUUUCAUCUUAUAAAUAAAUAAAAUCUUUCAGGCUCCAAUUAGCUAUUUAUUUAACUUAGUUUGAAUUCUUUCACUGGCUUCUUUCAAGCCUUCUUAAUAAAAUACCAAGAAUUAUUAUCUGAAAAACCUGAGUAGAGUAGAACAUUGAUUAAUGAAUUGUUUCAAGACUUGGAGAUUUUCAAAACCUGAGUUAUUUCUUUAGGGUUCGUUAUUAUUGGCUUCCUGUAUAUUCUGAUUAUGACAUGCACUCCUAGCUAUUUCUUCAAUCCUUUGCAGAAAAAACUUUCAAGAAAAUGAUCCGUGAAGAAAACCCUAAUUAGAGCAUUUAUCUGUGAGUAUCUUUGCAUAAAUCAGGGAUUAUAUGUUCUAUGAAAAAAAAUUUGGUUAAAAAUAAUAGGUUUCUAACUCAAAACAAAGUAAUAAUUAGUAAUUCUAUUUUUUUUACUUCAUUCCAUUGUUGUUUAUACAUUAACGUAUAAGUUCUAAUUAUUUUUUUUUUAAAAUCAGAGAUAAAGGAUCACUUCGUAUGAUUGGCAAGUGUUGUACUUUCAUUUUUUGGUUGUAGAAUUAUAGAUGUGAUUAUCUUUGGCAUUAUUAGUGGGUUUGGGUAAACCUAUGGAUAAUUACCCAUGUUAACAUCCCUAUUCUUUGCUUUGGUUUUAGGUUUUUAAUUUUUAAGAGUCAUUAAAUUUGAGCUAUAAGUAUUUAUCUCUUCGGAGUAAUUAUAAUAACAUGAUUUUAAAGAAAAGCUGAAAAUUUAUUAUAAAUUGCUGUGAACGUUAAAAAGUGAUAAAGCUUGAUUGCUUUUGAUUGAGUGUUGUGAACUUAAAUGGUAUUGUCUAAAGCUCCCACAGCUGGCACCAUUCAUCCUCACUAUUUGCAUUCUUUACAGAAAACGUUUUUGUAUGUAUGAUAUUCUAUUGAUUAAUAUGUCAAAAAAUACAUAUUUUAACAAAAACAAUCAGUAGCUUUUAACUCAAUAUAAAUUAGACAUUAGCAAAGUAACCCCACAUUUAAGUGUUGGAUAUCGUCUUAAUUUUAGUAACUAUCUCUAGUUUUAAAGAAUU